AUGAGACACAGAGGGCUUUCGCAACAAGUGGAGGGCCAGGAUGCUACGCAGAAUCUGUUAGUAUCUAGCUCUGCGAGAUUCCGCCAGCUUGAGAGGUUCAACUUCAAGUCCAAUACUUAUGACUUUGACGGGGUGAACCCAGAAUUAGCCAUACACUUUCAGUCAUUGUACUGGGACCGCCAACUAGACGUCAGCGCGGUUAUUUAUCGACCCCUCUUUAUGAGACACAUGGCAUGCGGCGGACCAUACUUUUCAAAACUUCUCUUAAAUGCUAUCUGUCUUACGGCUUCUUAUGAUCGGCUGACUGCCGGGUGCAUGUUUCGGCGAAGGAUUACGGAAUUAGUUAACUACCAUAUGACUCGCAGUGAAAUUACUACAAGAAGCCUGGCUUGGUUAUACUCCGGAAUGGCCAUCAAUAUGAUAAUGGAUCUAGGCAUCCAGACCCAUCAUAGGUCUGAUCGGAAGGUCAAAGGCUUAAGCUCUGAGGAAUCCGAAAUGCGAAAGCGACUUUUCUGGGGAGCCUAUGUUCUUGACAAGUUCCAGUCGUUGUAUCAGGGGAGGCCGAUCCGACUCGGAGAGGCGGAUGCAAGCAUUCCUCUAGGGUCCUUAGACGAAUACGAAGAAUACGAUCAAUUGGAUUCCGUAUCCUAUGGGAGUUCUCUAUCAUAUCUAGCCAUUCCAGCACGUUACGUGUCAACCUUGAGGAGGUAUUGCUCUCUGUCUAUCAUCAUGUCUCGUAUGCUAGAGACUUUAUAUACAGAACACAGUCUUUCAGGUGAUCCAAGUGUACUCUUCGAAUCUUCAGCAUCGCUUGGCCGCCAACUUCAAUCUUGGUAUGACAACCUUCAUCCAGGGCUUACCGCUGAACAUUUAGGUCCCUUUGCCUCCACCGCAUCACCACAUACUCUGACCCUGGCUGCAUUAUAUCAUACACUUCAGAUUCUCCUGCACCGCCCAUUUGUGUCCGACGGACAUCUACGUAGCGUGUCAUCGUCAGUGGCAACAGUGGCCUUUGAGGCUUGUGUUACCGCAGUUGAAGCUAUACACGAUACCCUCAACACUUACAGCACCACAUUAUCCAUAGGACUGGCACCAUAUAGUGUAUCCUAUGCUACCUAUGUCAAACCCCGAGGUUCCUAUGCCCACAACUGUCUUCCAAAUUGUCUUGUAAUCUUGAGAGAACACCAGCUGUUAUUCUUAGGGUCGAAACGUGCGUUGAAGGUUAUACUAAGCCUAAUCCAAGCCAUGGGAGUUGAGAUGGAGGACCAGGAGGCCGGGAGUUCAAACAGGGAAGAAACGACAGGACGUAUUACUGGCUUCCACUCGACCUAUGAUAUGGACAUCAUUAUCCGGAGCUUCGACAUAUCCCAAAUGAUCGAUCAGCAAUCCUUUGAAAGUAGACCACCUCCAGAGGGCCAUACUCAAUACAGUGGGACUGUGAAUGCUAUGGAUUUCUCAGAUUUCUUGCUGCCCUUAGAUCCGCUGUUCGGCCUAGACACCUUUCAAGGGAUGCUGUGA